GUUUGGAACAGGCGGGAAGUCCAAUAUGGCGGCCGCGGACUGAAAAAAAUUGUUGGUGCAGAUUUUGAGGAAAAAAAUUGGCUUUUUGCUUCGCUGAAAUCAAAACGAGCCACAGGUUUACAACCCAAGUUACAAGGUUUUUCCGGCGCCAUGAGUGAGUUCAGAGUGCACCACCGCGUCAGCGAGCUACAAAACCUGCUCAAGGUUCGGAGUGGAGAGGGCGCUGAGGUGUACGCCGACCUGCUGCUGAAGAACAUGACCCCGUACAUCACCACACAGGUGUCCUCUCACAGUGCCAAGAGGAAGAUCGCCUCCUUCACCAAGACUCCAGACGACUUCCAGCGCAAAUACGACGAAGUCAAGUCCAAAAAUGUGCGAGAGCUGGACCCGCUGGUGUUUCUCAUCUCCAAACUUACAGAAGACUCCAAGACGCAGAAGUUCCUGGAACAGAACGCCCACGAGCGCGCGGCGGAGGCGGGCGGAACCCUGACUGCCACGGGCAGCCUGGUUUCUAUGGCAACCGCCUCCGGAGGGAAGAUGUCGCAGGAGGAAGUGUCGGAGCUGCGGAAUAAGCUGCUGAGUGCGACCAGUGGUUCCUCCAUCCUGUCUCCAGAGUCACUGCGCAGACAGCGAGACAAGGCCAAGAAAAACGCCCAGUUCCACACACUCGCCGUGCCAGCAUGGGUCCACGAGCGCCCCUUCCUCACCGGCGAUUUCGUCCGACAGGCACAGCCCACUGCUGAACAUCCCGUUGCCCUUGGCACCCUUCCCAUGAGCCUCCAGGAGCAGGCUGUUGUGGAGGAUCUGCUGUUUGCAAUGAUGGGUGUUGAUGGAAAAUACAUCCAAGCCCGAGCAGUAAAUGACAAACAUGGACAUCGCUCCUUCAAUGUGGACCCCUCCUUGGAUGUGUCUAUGAAGGAGCUGGUGAACAGAGUCCUGCCUGUCUGUAGCCACUACUCUACUGUCUGCAGAUUCAUGGAAGAGAAGUCCAUGCCGGACUAUGGCCAGGUGAACCAUGCUCUCUGUGCUGCCAUGAGGAAUUUGGCAAAGGAGUACCUGAUCCUGGUGGCCCAGUUGGAGCAUCAGUCCAGACAGGGCCAGCUGUCCCUGCAGAAGUUCUGGUUCUAUGUGCAGCCCUGUAAGAGAACCUUAGAGAUUCUGGCAACCAUCGCUGAGACUGUCAACAAGGGAGACUGCCGAGGUGGGGCUGUGCUAAGUCUGCUGCACGAGAGAACAGCCAGUCUCGUCGGAGAUUCGAAGGCCCAGGACCUGUGCCUGUACUUGACCCAGGCCUCGUGUGUUCCGUACUUUGAGAUUCUGGAACGGUGGAUCUAUAAAGGCAUCAUUGUGGACCCUUAUGCAGAGUUCAUAGUAGAGGAGCACGAGUCAGUGAUAAAGGAGAAGAUAGAGAAGGAUUAUAACGAUGCCUACUGGGAACAGAGAUACACCAUCUGUAGGGAGAGGAUUCCUGUCUUUCUGGAGAAGGUUGCAGACAAGAUUUUGAGCACAGGAAAGUACCUGAAUGUCAUCCGACAGUGUGGGCGAGACGUGAAGUGUCCAGCUGCAGAGGAGAUAGUGUACACGCUGAAGGAGCGACAGUACGUGGAGCAGAUCGAGAAGGCGUACAACUACGCCAGCCGCGUGCUGCUCGACCUGCUCAUGGAGGAGAAGGAACUCAUGGCCAGGCUCAGGUCUAUCAAACACUACUUCCUAUUGGACCAGGGUGACCUGGUGGUGCAGUUUAUGGACAUGGCAGAGGAUGAACUCAAAAAGGACAUGGAAGAUAUCAUCCCCACCCGUCUGGAGUCUCUACUGGAGCUGGCCCUCAGGACUAGUGUAGCCAACGCUGAUCCGUACAAGGACGAUCUCAAGGUUGAACUGUUGAACUAUGACCUGAUCACCCAGCUCUUCCGAAUAUUGUCCAUCGAGACUAAACAAGAGAAAGCGCUGCAGGCCAUUGACCCAACAGAAAUCCACAUUUCUGGUCUGGAGGCCUUCGCUUUUGACUACGAGGUGAAAUGGCCGCUGUCUCUCAUCAUCAAUAGAAAGGCCCUGACCAGGUACCAGAUGCUUUUCAGACACCUGUUUUAUGCCAAACAUGUGGAGAGGCAGCUCUGCAACAUGUGGCUGAACAGUAAGACAGCGAAGCAGUAUGACCUGCAGUCACCCCGCUGGUAUGCAGCAGCCUUUGCCCUGAGACAUCGCAUGCUGCACUUUGUUCAGAACUACGGAUACUACAUGAUGUUUGAAGUACUGGAACCAAACUGGCACAUGCUGGAACACAACCUCAAGUCUGUAUCGAACGUGGACGAUGUUCUUCAUCAUCACAUGGACUUCCUGGACAAGUGUCUGAAGGACUGCAUGCUCACCAACACGGAGCUGCUCAAGAUAGUCAGCAAGCUCAUGGUCGUGUGUAUCACCUUCUGCAACUGUAUACAGAGACUGACUCGUACGUUCCUUGCGGACGAGGAACUUCAGCUAACGGCGCCGGCGGGAAAAGGGAAGGUAACCGAGGCUGACGUCAGGAAGACCAGAACUAAGGUUGUAUCGGAGCACGUGGACGAGCUUGUGUCGAGCGACAGUUUUGAGGACACGAUCACGAACUUUGACCGAAACUUCUCGUCGCUCCUGCUGAGCCUGCUGGACCGACUGAGCCACUUCAGCAGCAGCGACUGCGAGCACAACAUGAUGAACAUCAUCUACAGAAUCGACUUUAACGGCCACUACACAGAACAGCUGGAGCAGUUUUCAGCCGAGCGGUCCAUGAUGGAGCAAGCCCCUGAUUGGCAACCUGCAGAUUCAGACACAGUUUUUGGGAAGUUCUCUGGUGGAGGGAAGAUGCCUGCCAAGGACCCGAAAACUGCCACCGGUGGAGAGUGAAAAGCUCCGCAGAUAGUGAGUAAAUCUGAUGAGCUCCGGGGAGCACAUCCUG